UUUACCAAGUAGGACGAACCAUUCCCUUUAGGAAAGAUAAGUGAAAUUCUAGUGUAAGACCACUAGAAAGGGGAAAGUUCCCAUAUAACUGGUUUUAUAGAGCAUUUAAAUUUGAAGAAAAAUACUUACAGGACGAUUUAAGAGCAAUCAGGUGAUUUCCCUUAUUUUAGCACCCCCACAGAUGCUCUUGGUGCUGGCUCCAGCGAAACCGAGUGCUGCGGACCGGAGCUGACAAGGGUCAAUUUCAGUCAUGCAGGUUGUAAGAAACUCCGGGUCGUGGCUCCUGCGGUCCUGGGCUGGACCUGGGAUGACCAGGCUUAUGGCCAUUGCCCCAGCUAAGAAUAUCCACACCGGAGCCCCGAGGUUAGAAGACUCAGCUGCCAGGCAGAACACUAAAAAGGAAGCCCCUCCUAGUCGCUUCAGCAUUUACCCUCCAGUUCCAGGACAGGAAAGCUCCCUGCAGUGGGCAGGGAUGAAAUUUGAGGAAGUUCCAAUUGCACACAUUAAAGCAACCUACAACAACACACAGAUCCAGGUGGUCUCUGCCACUAACACGUCCCUGGCCCGCGCCUCCUGUGGCACAGAAGGCUUUCGCAAUGCCAAGAAGGGCACCGGCAUCGCCGCACAGACAGCAGGCAUAGCUGCAGCAGCAAAAGCCACAGGAAAGGGAGUGACCCACAUCAGAGUCGUAGUGAAAGGCAUGGGACCAGGACGCUGGUCUGCCAUCAAAGGACUGACCAUGGGGGGUCUGGAAGUGAUCUCAAUCACAGACAACACCCCUGUCCCACACAAUGGCUGCCGACCCCGGAAGGCUCGAAGGCUGUGAUGGGAAGGAAGCCAGCACUUGAACCUGACCUGAAGUCUUGACUCAGGUGGAUCCCACAAAGGCCCACUGUGGAAGCUGCUGGAGCAGGCUGUUCUCAAACCCUCCUUAGGGGAACAUUCCUCUUCUUGCACUGAAGCUGAAGGUGCUGAGGCUGGCCUCUUGGACAUGAGGGAGUGGGAACUGCAGGCCCACUGUGGCCAGCUCCAGCCUCUGCUCUGAAAAUAAAGGACUGUUCUCUGUAGUA